UUCUACGAUAUUUUUCUAUUGUAUGACAGACAUACUCUGACUUAUCCACUGCUUUCGUGAUACUAACUACAGAUACCUCGAACACUUCCGUUACCGAUGAGAUGGCGCCAGCAGUGGAAUCCAAAGCCGUUGUAUCGUGGCCAUGGACCGAAGUGAGAUGCUGCGAAAGGGACCCUCUGUUGUGAGCAUUGGCAUGUACAGCCGCGAGAGUCGAUCGAGCAAUGCGCAUCGAUAAGCCUCUGGAUUUAUCUUCGAAGACAGUGUUCGAAGCGACUUUGUUGGUGCGGGAUCUACCGAUGCGCGUGAACAUGAGUCGAGCAGAGUUUUACUGGGAUAACGAAAGGAAGAGAGAUAACAGUGUUGGAAGUAUUGUGAAUUAAUAAAUCGAAGUGACCAAGAUAACGUAAACGAAAUAACAAAACUAAACGAAACGAAGGAUUGCUUCCUCGCGGAUGAUAAAUAAAUGUCGAAAUACGUAUUCAAGGAAUGAAAACAAAGAUGUGCUCUCUCGGCGCGCGACGCUUGUUAUAAGGUUUAAGUUAUGUGAAAGUUUUCUACCGUGCUCAACGCGUACUCACACAUCUUAAUGUAGUUUUUAUAUUUUACACCCAGUACCUUACAUGCAUAUUAUGAAAAAGUUUCUUGUUGUGAUAAACGUACACCAUGCCGUUGUACUGACUCUUCAUCUCGUGAUCGUGGAGUAUUGUUUUGGUUGAAAAAAAACAAUGAGUUGAUUUAAUAAUCGACUCAUUAUUUUCUAAUCCACAUUUCGUCUACUCUCAAUCCGCGUGCGGAUACGUGUAAUAUGAGGGCAGUGAACAACGUGGAGGAAGGAAAAAUGUUUCACUCUCUUCCAGCACCCUGAUGUAAAGCAUGAAGAUUCCUGGACUCCAAAUCCCGGGAUUCGUUCGGCUCCUCCAGUUGGUCGUCAAGUAGCUGCCCCAGGUAGUUAAUUUGGAAAUAUCAGCCGGAAUGGAGUUGGCCGGGCAGCAGCCGUUGUUCCUCGGGCCAAGCGGCGUCGUGGCCGCCGGUUCCGGGCCCGGAGGAGUCGUCGUCGCGCCCCGGCAGAGUUCGCCGAUGAUCCAGGGCGUCGGAUCCGGAGGCAGCGUCAUCGGCGUUCCCGUCGAGCAUUACGGAGCUCCGCUGGGUCUCGCAGCCUGCAUAUCGGAGUCCGGACACGAAAUACUCCGGCCAAAGCCCCGACGACCCGCUGGGGGCGGAGGCAGGGAAUUUUACACUGCUCCCUACGCGAAGGAAUCGCCAGACUCUCCUCAGCAAACGGGGACGCACAAUAUGGUCCACAUGGUUGCCGAACGAGACACAGACAGCGUGGCACCGACGCCGACGCCCCAUCAUCCCCAUCACUCCCAGCACCAUCAUCUCAGCCUGCAUGAACUCCGCGGUCUUCAGCGGGGACCAGAAUGCACGGGCAACAGUUCUUCGGAUGAGAAUCGGUCCUCUGGACAUGCGAGCAUGUCGGACACCGGAGGUCACACUAGCAGCAGUUCGCCCCCUCAUCGUCACCACAGAGUUCACAGUCCACAAGCGUUGAAGGUUGUUCCAGAAGAUGACCGUUUGUCAGCAUCGGUAACCCAGCGUAACGCCAGGAUGAGAUCGGGACAAAAUCGUAAUCGGCACAGAGCUACUCCGGCAAAGCUACAGGUGCCGUGGUCAGGAUCCGGACUGGAGGACAUAAAGCUGGCUAUUCAACAGCUGACGAUGCGUUCUCACACCUCGACCUCGACGUACUCGUCGUUGAGCGGUUCCGAGAGUUCCGAGCCUGCGGUAAGACGGCUUAUGCGUCACUCAAGCCUCGAGACGAUCAACACCAACGUUACCAGUGCCGACGAAUUCGUGUGGGUCGACUCGCACAACAGGCUUGUCGAGCUGCAGCAGCUUCCUUGGACCCAUCACGACGUCCUCAGGGUCCUGCAGAACGGACGUACCAGGGAACACAUGGAGCGUGUCUCCAUGGAAACAAUACCGCGAUUAUCGUACCUGCUUCAAAGGGCUCUCGUAAGAGUCGGCAGGGAGACUCAGAGGCUUGCCAAACCUCUCGGUCUUUGCAGCAAGCACGAAAUUUACAGCGCCUUCAAAAUUGUGCUUUGUCCAGCCUUGGCUGAUUCUUGUACAAAGGCUUGCCUGCGAGCAGCAGCCAUGUUCGCUGUGUCUGGGGACCAGCUGAAACAAUCAAAAGGUUCGCGAGCAGGCCUGCAACUACCGGUCGGCCGUUUUAUCAGAUGGAUGACGGACGUGAAAUUAGGAAAAAUGGUUCACGAGUACGCAGCUGUGUAUUUGGCUGCUGGUGUGGAAAAUCUUUUAGAAGAGAUUUUGCUCCAGUGCAUUCCGACGGAGCCUCACGCAACCUUGACCGCUACUAUGCUGGAACACGCGAUAGCGAACAACGGAGACUUGUGGGGGCUACUGCAGCCUUACGCGCACUUGAAUGCGGGCCGAAUCGCGUCUGGCGCACUCGCGAUGCCUCGAUGGGCCAGCGUCAGUUCUCUCGGUUCAAACUCAUCCUCACGCAGCGGGCGAGAGGCUGCCGGUUCCACCCUUGAACCUUCGCUGCUGACGACUUGCGUAGGCUCCAUACCUGAGCUUACCGAUCUAAUAUCCAAAGUAGCCCAGUCCGGGCGUUGCCCGGUCCCAUUGACGCCCAGGGCCCUGAACGCGCUCUUUUACUACAUGAGAUGCUCUCAGCUAGAGCACGGUGAGAGAGGUUCGGGUAUCCAGGAACUCGCCUAUGAGCGAGCGUACGUCGUUCUUCCACCGCUAGUCGAGUGGUUGAGGGUGGCUACAGCCCAUGCCGAGCAUCGGCACGGGAGUAUUUUGGACGAUGAUGACAUUGGCCAGGCAGCCAGGCUGCUUUUACCCGGUGUAGAUUGUCCGGUUAGACAGAUUUGUUCGGAAGAAGUCACUCUCUGCUCAGGGCGGAUAGACGAUGCCGAAUGCACGCGACGUCUGACGAUGGAAAUGGCCUUUAAAAUGCUGACCAGUUCGCGACCGGAAUUAAUAUCUCAAGCAAUCCCUCUGCUCCCAUCGACGAAACUGAAUACAGUCAACGACAAUGGUUAUACCGCUCUGAUGCUGGCCUGUAUAAACGGCGACGAGUGCGCGGUUGUUGCAUUGCUCGAUGCCGGGGCCGAUUUGAACGUCGAGAGUCCCGCUCCGUUGUCGAGCCAAGUCGCGGGAAGUCCAGCCAAAAGCGUGCUGGUUUCAGGGGGGCCGAAAAAUUCUCCAUCUCCAAAAAAUUUGGGAGAACACCUCUUCGCAGCCUCGACAAAAAGCGCCAACAAUCUAAAUAUAUCGAAUUCGUCAGGCAGCACCGGCUCCAACGUCUGCUGUGUCCAGAACGGAUUCAAUGCAGAAACGCAGCAUUGGACCGCCCUCACGUACACAGCUUUGCUGGGUAAUUGCACGAUAGCAAGAAUGUUGCUCGAAAGAGGCGCCGCUGUUGAAGGAGGUGCUAAACUGAGCGAGGAUAAGUGCACUGUUACGCCUCUCCAAGUGGCUACUGCUGCCGGUAAUCAUGAAAUGGUUGCACUGCUCCUUGCUCAUGGCGCGCAACCGUUUUUAUCCACUUUGAUAAAGGAUACAUUCUGCUAUUCUGGUUCGGCACAAAGAGGGUGUUACAGCGCCGUAUCGGUGGCAGCGGCACAUGGCCAGAGAGCCACACUGAAUCAGCUGUUAUUCCAUCCGUUAACUACUUCUUCAAGACGUAGUGAGAAGGAAGUUUUAUCCCUAGAAGAGAUUCUUGCCGAAGGAAACGCCGGUGUUCAACAACACACGGCUGAAGGACAAGGAGAAAGAAAUCGAGAUGCGAAUGGUCCCGCCUUUAGUAAAUCCCAAAUUAAGAUGCUGCAGGAAGCCAUGUAUCAUAGCGUCGAGAGUAAUCACCUAGCUAUAACGAUGGAUCUACGUAGUCUCGGAAUAGGCUGGACCCUUCAUUGCUGGAUGCACACUUUAUCUACUGCACACGAAAUGCGACUGGAAUCUGUUAUAGACCAACUGCUUCAAGACUUUCUUCAAGUCUGCCCUGAAGAUUAUUCGACACAAUUUGGUCAGGAGUGUCUUCCACUUUUGUUUAACAUUUUUAGGUACAGCAAGAAAGAAGCAACGACUCUUCUACUAGCUGAUAUAUUCAGCAGUUGCUUUGGAUGGGAGCCGAUUAAGCCGAUAAGAGAUACCACGUUGUCAAGCGGUUCUCGAAUUGAUCCGAAAUUCGUGAAUAACCCGGAGUUGAGCGACGUUCAGUUCAGAGUUGAAGGGAGAGUAUUUUAUGGGCAUAAAAUAGUCCUCGUCACUUCUUCGCCACGGUUUAGAAACAUGCUCAGUUCAAAAUUGUGCGAAGGGAAUCCACCGAUUGUGCAGAUAAAUGAUAUUCGGUAUCAUAUCUUUCAGAUGGUUAUGGAAUUUUUGUAUCACGGGGGUUGCGCGACAUUGGAAGUCAGUCAAAGUGACGUCUUGGAACUUAUGGCUGCUGCGAAUUUUUUUCAACUAGACGGUUUAUUGAGAUAUUGCGAAGCUCAAUGCUCCGCGAUGAUUAACCAGAACAAUAUAGUCUCCAUGUACAUUCACGCUAAGGUUUACAAUGCAGCUCAGUUAUUGGAAUACUGUCAAGGAUUUUUACUGCAAAAUUUGAUGGCUCUUUUAUCGUAUGAUGACUCUGUGAAACGACUUUUGUUCGCUAAAAAAUUGCCGAAUCACGACGUGCUUGCAGGUCUGCUGCUCACUCUGCAGGCGCGAAUAAAAGCGAGAAAACCUCAACAGCCGACCAAUCUUAACGCUUAGUUGCGCAUUGAAUGAAUCAUUCCACAAUAGUUAUGCCUUGAGCAAACUAUAGAAGCCAGGCAACUCUUCAACUACACGAUG